AUGCGACGAUGUUGUACUGUGUCAUCAAAAACCAAAAUGUCUUCAAGGAGAACUGAACAUGGCUUUAUAGAAUCGACACAGCAACCGGAGAUUGUAGUAACACCAGAAGUUAUUGUUGGUAAACCAGUAUAUUUAACCUGUUCAUAUCCGGUUGAGGUAAACAAGACUAGUACUUUUAAAUGGUAUGUUAACGUCACACGGUCAUAUUCCACUGUACAGCAGCACAUUCUACAGUUUAUCGUAAAUAAGACGGAUAAAUAUAAUGUCUACAAGUGUGAGGUAGAAGUAACUACAACAGGAAGCCACGAAAAAUCUCGGUUUAAUAAAACCAUAAAGCUGCAACCAAAGUACCCACCUACUAUUCAUAUGCAACCGUCUUACGUCUGUAACCGAUUACAGAAUAUCAGAUUGAGUUGUGAAGCGGAUGGUAAACCAGCAAAGUAUAAGUUUAAUGACUGGGAACAUCGUGUUCGUGGAACCGUUAUUCGGCACCUCCCGGGUGUUAUCACCGGCAACAUUUCUUACCUGCAGUUGUCACACUGUUCCUAUCAGGAUACAGGGACGUACUACUGCACAGUCGGGAACAAUGUCACUCAUCCCAAUAAUACAUUGACUUCUGUUGCCUCUGUUGAUUUUAAGGUUAAAGAUUAUCCUGUAGUCAUCGGACAUAGCAUAGUAAAUGCCACGAACAGUUAUGAUAUUAUGAUAUCGUACUAUUCAUAUCCAUUGGCUACACGACAAAAACUCUACCGUGAUGGCAUUGAACUUAGCAAAUUCUCUCAAACUGACCUGGACAUCCCAUUCUUGAUUCAUAAACAAAUUGUACCGGUAGAGGGCACUGUUCUUGUGUUCACAGUAUCUAACACAGGGGAUUACAGAUAUGUUAUCAAUAACGAUUACGGAUCGGUCAAUGGAACAGUAGAUGUUUCGAGUAGAAAGACGCCAGAGGUCCAUUCAGGAUUAUCGACAGAAGAACCACUACUGUGUUCGUUUAUGUCACUUGGAUUUCAACUUCAAGUUGUGAUCAUCGUUGUGGCUGGAAUUGUGGUCUGUGUUGUCGUCCUGGCGGUUGCUAUGAUAGUCAUUCGUCGCUGUGGAAGCUCUGAUUCUUCUCGUGACAAAAUUAAAGAAACACAAAAAGAAAGAAGAUUAACAAGAGUAAGAAGUGUAAUGGCAGAUGGAACGGUAGUUUAUGAUGAAGUCGAUGAUUCAAAAUGGAAACAAGAAAAGAAAGAAAAGAGAGAAAAGAAAGCAAAGAAGAAAAAAGUUGUUAAUUGUCAUGUACCUGAGGCGUAUGAGGAUGUUGGUGUAAAGAAUCCCGGGCAGAGUUAUGAAAUGCUACAUAAACACAACAGUAAAUCGAAACCAUUUUUCCGCAAAAAAUCUUCCAAAGUUGCCAAAAGGAUGGACAUACUAACUACUAGCGGUCCAAAGGACACUCAUGAAAACCUAUACUCAACAAAUUCUUCAAAUCCCGAUCACUAUGAUAAUACAGCAAUUACAUCUGCCGUAAAAACAAGUUUGUCUGGGGAUGAAAUACCACUUCCAAAGAGAGGCUAUAGGAAUGAAAGUAUUAUUGUAUACGAUGAUGCGAUAUCAAAUAGCAAAUUAAACAUAAGCUGCAACGCUGUGGUUCAUGAACCAAGCGAAUAUAUCACCAUGAAACCUAAGUAUUUAGAGGAAACAAGUUCCAAGAAAAAGGAGUGUUCAAGUAUGAAGGAUAACGACUAUACGAGUAUGAAGAAUAAGGAACAUACAAGUAGCAAAAAAUCAAUUGAGUCAGAGUCAAAAGGAAAAGAUGAUGACGAUAUUCAAGAAGCUCUUUAUGUAAACUUGAAGCUUGAAUAA